CAUUACCCUUGUUGUUUUUACCUUCACUUCACCCCCAAGUUUCUCUCUCUCUCUCCUCCGAGUGUUGUGCAAUCUGUUUCUCUGUUCAUCUCUUAUCCAAGUCUGUUCUUCAAUUGAUCGUUCUCUGGUUUACUCAAACUAGAUUCAAUGUCGAUAAGAACGGUGAAAGUCAGCAAUGUCUCCUUAGGUGCUUCUGAGAAAGAUAUAAAGGAGUUCUUCUCUUUUUCUGGUGAUAUUGAAUAUGUUGAAAUGCAUAGUGAGAAUGAGAGGUCUCAAAUUGCAUACAUUACUUUCAAGGAUUCUCAGGGGGCAGAAACUGCGGUUCUUCUUUCGGGAUCAACAAUUGUUGAUCAGUCUGUUAACAUUGCUCUUGCUCCAGACUAUGAGCUGCCACCUGCUGUUUCAGCCCCUGCUGCCACAGAGAACAAAGAUACAGGUGGUGCUGGAUCUGCUGUUCAAAAGGCUGAGGAUGUCGUAAGCGGCAUGUUGGCCAAGGGUUUCAUCUUGGGCAAAGAUGCAAUUAACAAAGCGAAGGCUUUAGAUGAGAAGCACCAGAUCACUUCCACCGCCACGGCUAAAGUUACUUCUUUGGAUCAAAAAAUAGGUCUUACCGAAAAAAUCAGCGUUGGCACUACCAUUGUGAAUGAGAAAGUGAAAGAAGUGGACCAAAAGUUCCAGGUUUCUGAAAAGACCAAGUCAGCUUUUUCAGCUGCUGAGCAGACGGUUAGUAAUGCUGGAUCAGCCAUUAUGAAGAACCGCUAUGUACUGACUGGGACAUCGUGGGUUACUGGUGCUUUUAAUAGGGUUGCCAAGGCUGCAGGGGAUGUGGGGCAAAAGACAAAGGAAAAAGUGGUCGAGGAAGAACAAGGAAGAAACAUAGCUGCAGGUUAUUCCCAGGUACAUGACACUGAACACCCCAAUUGAGCAGCCUUUCAAUCCUAUGCCUGCAGUGGGCUUGAUACUUCAAUUUGUUAAAUCUGGUGUAGAUUAAUACUUUUCUUUUGGUUUGGCAGUAUAAAUAUAGGUUAUCAAAUAUUGUUGGGUAUGUAAGCUUUAUGUGAAAGCAUUUUGUUUGUUUGGACAGCAGUAAUAAAUUCUGCAUUCUUGAGGUUUUUUAUAUGUGCAUCUCAUAACUAAAUUUGCAACGAAAUUUCUGUUAGAUCUACGGGGUA